CAUUUAUAGAUUGGUGGAUUAAUAAAUUAAGGAGGCCCAUGAAUAAGUUUCCACACUAAAAAUGUUCCCUCAUCGAGCCAACGAGUAAAAGAUCCGAAUCAUUUUAGUGUUCUGAAUAAAACGACUCUUUUAUUUUGGAAUCGACUCCCAGCGGAGGAGUGAAACGGUCAUACAUGGUUGCUAAACCACGGAAUGUACGGAUUCCUUUUAUUUCGAGUGCUCUGAUUGGCUGAGAGGUUGCGUUGGUGUCCCGCCCCUUCGUCGCGAUUGGCUGAAGACGCCGGCAUAGCAGCAAAUCCGGUAAAAUAUUGACCGAAGUGUGUGGAAGUCCUGGGUAAAAGCAGGCGAAGACCUCACCUUAAAGAGUUUAGGGACUUGCAUUUUGCAGUAGAGACGUUUCAGAGUUUCACUACAGUUUUUCAACUCCUUUCUUGCUUCCUUUUUAAUGAGUAUCGAGCAGCGACUAGUUAUUUUACAGCGAGCCCAACGGGACUGAUCAGUGCUGAGCCUCCUUCAACAUGGACUGUCGAGUGCUGUCAAUUCAGAGUCACGUGGUUAGGGGAUACGUUGGAAACAAGUCAGCCACCUUUCCUUUACAGGUGCUUGGCUUUGAAGUGGACUCUAUAAACUCAGUACAAUUCUCCAAUCACACAGGUUACGAGCACUGGAAAGGACAAGUGCUAACUGCAGAUGAGCUACACGUCCUUUACGAAGGGAUUAAACUCAACAAAGUCAACCAUUAUGACUACGUGCUUACAGGUUACUCCAGGGAUGUGUCUUUCCUGGAGAUGGUGGUGGACAUUGUGCAGGAGCUGAAGAGUGUCAACCCCAGGCUUGUCUAUGUAUGUGAUCCAGUCAUGGGAGAUAAUGGAUCAAUGUACGUUCCAGAAGCCCUGCUGCCUGUGUACAGGGAUAAAGUGGUGCCAGUAUGCGACAUCAUUACGCCCAACCAGUUUGAGGCCGAGCUCCUGACGGGAAGAAAGAUCAGUACGGAAAAAGAUGCAGUUGAGGCAAUGGAUCUGCUGCAUGCUAUGGGUCCCGACACUGUGGUCAUCACCAGCUCAGACCUGCUCUCUUCUCUGGGAGAUCAGUAUCUAGUGGUCUUGGGUAGCCAGAACACAGUGACAGCAGAUGGCAGUGAAGAGAAGCAGCGUAUCAGGUUGGACAUUCCCAAAGUAGAUGCCGUGUUUGUAGGCACUGGGGAUCUGUUCGCUGCUAUGCUGCUGGCGUGGACGCACCGACACCCUAAUGACCUCAAAAAAGCCUGUGAGAAGACGGUUUCUGUGAUGCAGCAUGUCAUUAAGAGGACCAUCACCUACGCCACGGAGGUGGCUGGUCCUGACCGGAGACCGAGUCCUGCACAGCUGGAGCUGAGAAUGGUGCAGAGUAAAGCAGACAUUGAAGAUCCUGCCGUAACGGUCAAUGCUGUGGUGCUCUAGGGCUUCACUUCCUUCCUCUUCCAGACUGCCCCGGAGCCCUCGCGUGCGAAAGCAAUCUCGCAUCAGAGGACACAACCACAUUAUUGUGUAGAGCAGGAAAGACCUGUGAAUGAAUGACUGUGAUUAAAACGCACAGGUAAAAUCACAGGUCAUCCACAUACUAACCAAAUAAUAACUAAACCAGGCUGGCAUUUUUGUUCGACUUAUAUAGUACUGUAUAAAGAUGGAGCAGUUUUUUAAUAUUCUAAUAGAAUAAUGUGAAUGAAGGACGUCCUGAUCAGGAUUUACUGUAAUCAUCUGAGCAGAUGUAUGCUGCUAAAAAGGACGGUUUUAAUUUCAAUAACACCACAUUACUAGCACAGGACGACAAUAUAUUCGCAAUACUUCCUCAUUAUAAACUAGAUGGUAGUUAGACACCACUUCCUGAUUGGAAUAGGACAUGAUUUGCUUAUAUCAGUAGUGCACCUGAACACAUUUACAGUCAUCUCAUUGUGCAAGAAUGACUAAUGAUAUCCAUAUAACUUCUGUAUUCCACACAAGUGAUGCAUUUUCCCAUUCAACAUGAAUAAUGUAAUGUUUCUCACAUAAUAUUAGCUUAAUAGUUAGGGAAAUGUCAUUGGUCUUGUGGAAUGUGUGCAAGCUUCAUUACCGCAUACUGCAUGACUUAGAAAAUAUAGUUUGGGAGAGUAUUACCGUUACAGAAUCUGGUUUCCACUGUUCUUGGCCUCGAAAAUGUGGCGGUUAGUCCACAAUCUAGUAGUCACAUAAUCCGCUUUACCAUUUAUUUAUCCUAUUUUUAAUACUGUUAAUGGAGCAUUUGACGUUCACAUAUGGGGAUUUGUGAAGUAGUCGGUGAUGAAGAGGAGGGAGAAGCCAGGUUGUGAGAAUGCACACCUGGCACUGAUUUGGCUCAGUGGGGGAGAGAGAAAGAGAUAAAGGAGCGGCUGGAAGCGCCAGUGUCACACACUUCAAAGCUGGGCAAGGAGGAGGCAGGAACUGGCUGGACUUAAACGUAAAGUUUAAUCAUCAACAGAACUCAAACAUAAUAAUGAUAAUGAGUCUUUAUUGGUCACAUCUACAGUAGAGCACAGUGAAACUGUUUUCUUCGCAUACCCCAGCCUGUCAGGAAGCUGGGGUCAGAGCACAGGGUCAGCCAUGUAAAACACAAGCUUAAUCCAAACACAAAAUGCGCAUGCGUGUGUCUCGCUCUCCCACUGGUGCUUCCAGCCGCUCCUUGAUCUCGCUCUCUCUGCACAACCUGGCUUCUCCCUUCACUCCGUCACAUGGACUUUGGGACCUAAAUAUAAUGCAGUGUAUUAAAAUAAUGAAAUAAAAUGAUCACAGGAACCUUUGUACAAGUAAUAACUGUCCACUUUACAAUCUAGCAGUAAAAAUGAGCAAUAAAAACCCACUUUUUGUCAUGUCUAUAACCGUCUACCCCUCGUUUGUGUUUGUGUCGAUCCACCAGAUGACUUGUGUACAGCAAAUAAAGAUGAUUACACGAUAAGAUAAUUCUGUUGUAUUUGUCAAGAACAGUGUUAUUCCUGUGAGGUCAGCGGUUCAGAUGAAGAUCCUUUUACUUAUACGGGUGAAGAAAUGUAAAGUAGAAAAAUAACUCAACUGUACAAUGCUGAUUUGAAAUAGGCAUAAAAUAAUUUAUGAUAGACUAAUGCUUGUACUAUAAUGUCCAGCGUAUCACGAGGAACCCUGAAUAUUGGUUCAUCAUUUUAACUGGUU